AUGAUUCUCAAACCGUUUCUUUCCCUGAUCAUCCUCUUCGGUCUUCUGGCAUGCCUUGCCACAGCCGCUCCACAGCCUGAUUGCCCAUGUUCUCGCCGCAAAGGCUCAAAUGGCCGCAAGGGUCUGAAUGCUCGCUCACCUAUGUUGCCUGGAGCCGAUGGCUGGCCUAAAUACAAGGUCAAGAAAUCAGACAAAAUAACCCUGCCAAUCUGGGACCCGAUUCAGAAAAAAUGGAAAAUGCCAGUCCAGAAACCAGCCAAGAAAGGUAUCUUUGAUGCUUGGAAGAAGAAGUCGAUUAAGGAGCUCUGGGAGAACUUGGAUAAAGAGGCAAAAUUGAAAGAACUGGACCAGCAGCGUCUCCGCGACGCGCUGGCUGAUUCAGAGCUCACUAUCAAACAAAUCAGCAAAAGCCCCCCAACCAUCAACGUUAAGUUCAUCAACAGGAGUCCCUUCAGACUCUGCUUCAACGAAUACAAGAGCCCAAUGGAUGCACAUGCAUUCGAAAACGGAUUAUUUUCGAUCAUUGAGGAGGAGACCAAAAACAACUUUGCCGUGUACAACGAAUCAAGCGAGACAGUUCUUGAUGAUACUAAAAAUGACAGAUCUGUCAUCCUUGCACCCAACCAGACGGUAGAGCAAAACAUCGAGCUUCCUGGAAAGAACGUCCGUAAGCCCGGAAAUUGGCUCAGGAUGCUCAAGGCUGCUGAUAGGGUAACUGUCAGGCUGGAAGCGAUAUGGCCUGACAUUAAGGCCACGGAGGAAAACUCAACGGACAACACAACAGAAUUGGGUUGGGCGUAUAAAUUAUAUGAUCCCUUCAAAUCGAACGAAAUUGAGUUACAUCUGUAA